UUGCGCUCCGCUUUCAUCUCGCAGUUUCGCAGCCUCCCUUUCGCGACCCGUGUCAAGUCUACCGCCGCUCGAUCGGAGGUGUGUGUGCAGUUUUCCGCGUCUCGUUGUCCCCGGGUGCAUCGGGACGUCCGGCCCGAUACGAUCGUUAUCGUGGUCCCGGGCCUCGGAUUCCUCACGAAUCCACGCUCGUCUUUCGCUUCAUCUCCGGACUCAUGCACAAUCCGAAUGCAUCACUCCGCGCCGGAAAAUGGAAACCGCAAUUGUAACGGAGUGACGCAUCCAGAUUUGCCGAAAGAGGAAGAAUAAAUUUUACGGUGGAGACGGCCAUGCGAAUAGUGAAAAGGCAAACGAUAAGGACGAGAAAAAGAGGAUCGAGUAAAUGCAGAUGAAGAAGAUUAUUAUUCCGUAAUCUUUUCCCCAAUGUGAUUUAUAAGCCGCCGUUUUUCAACGCACUAUGUGGUAGCCGAAGCAAAACAAGCGACAGAGAAGUAUACGUUUGGCAAUGUAAAAGGAAGAGUCAAGACGGAUUUAUCUCUUUAUCGCCAUGUUUUUACCAUGGUAUUUGAUAUCGAUUUUUAAGGCGAAGGCGACGGAAUACGACGAACUCAUACCGCAUCAAUAGUCUAAUGAAAGCACGUCACAGAUGAAACGACAUGCGUGGGCAACUGUAUACGUAUACGUGCAUACAAUUAAAUACGUAAAAAUGCAAGGCUUCUAUACGUAAUCCGAUACAUUGAUCCAUCGACGAAGUACUUUCUGCGUAUCUUCCCUGACGGUUAUUACCGGCGAAACGAGAAAAGGAAACCGAAUUAAAUGCGACAGAGAGAGAUUGACUCGGAAUUGGAUUAGUCGCGAUAGCAAAAAUGUAAAAAGAAAAAGAAAAAAAAAGAGGCAGAGAUGAGAAGAGAGGCGGAAUGAUCGGAGGUGGAAAUGAAACACCAAACGCACGCGUAACGUAAACCACCUAGUUAACUUUGCCUCGUCGUCCUCCCCAUCGACUCGGCAGAGAUUCGCUUGGGCCGCGCCGGGUCUCCCGGUGAUGCAUCGUCGAGCACGAGCUGGAUGGCGGAAACGAUGGCACCCAAUCGUACAAUGCACGACGGAACGACGACGGGAGAAAAGCUGAAUCUCACGUCGAUGACAUUCCUACCUUCCAAUGUGGUCGCGGCCGCGUUUAACGCCGAGACGACUAAUCCGUCCGCAGCGAUGACGGGCGACCCCGCGACCGUCACUACCAUUAAACCGCACCAUCGCGUCUACAACGCGACAGAGUAUCUCGUCGAGCAGGACGAGCUCGAUCACAGUAUCCUUGCCAACUUUUCAGACGUACAGACCGUUUUGCUUGCAUGCAUAUCGACAUUAUUACCGCUGAUCAUCGCCUUCGGGAUCGCCUUCGGCGUCAGGCACGUGUGGCGAAAAUAUCGGAACGACGGCGAUGGCGGGAACGGUUUACCUUGGUACAAGAACGUCUGCAAUCGCGACAAUGCAGUCGAGUCGCAACAUCAUCAUCCGCAUUCCGGAAAUGUUCCCGUUGAGGCCGCCACGAGGGUCCUCUCAGCACAAGACUUGGUGAAUGGCCUAGAAGCACCCCGGCGAUACAUGUGCGAAACGGAGGUGAUCGAGGACGUAAAUGUUGCCGCGGCGGCGGCCGUGAUGGAAUACACCACUACCACCACUUCCGGUAAUCAUACCAGCAAGAACGCGAACGGGAACAUCAUCACCCUUACGCUCAAGAACAAUCAUCUUAUCGUGGAGACGGAGGAACGUGCGGUAACAAUGGAGGAUAACAAGCCCACGUCGAGAUACAAGGACAGCGGUUCGUUUGUGGUCGAAGUACCGCCGGAUUAUGACAAGGAAGAGACGGAGGGUAACAAAGGGUCGUCCAACGAUGUGACUACCGGUGUAACCGAUCAACAGGCUCUGGUGCACAGGGAGGAAAUACCGGACGACAAAUCUUCAGGUUUCGAAAAUACGCGACUGUUUGGGAGCACCAAUACCGGUCUGUCACAGUCAGACCUUUCGAUAUCCAGUCAAGGUUCGGCCAAUCCCAGCUACCGCUACGGUAAUCAAGUCGAAUACGAUUCCGGCCACCUUGGUUACCCCAUGUACGGUGGUAGUUACGAAUCCGAUAUGCUAUCGAGGAAAUUGGAGGGACGAUCGAAAUGGGUGGAAUUCGACAAGUCACCGGAUAUAGAGAAGAUUCUGUUAGAUGAUUCUAAAAAUUUCACUAGUGAAGAGGAGGAGGAAGAGGAGGAGAACAAAAGUCCGCAAUUCUUCGAAAAAUCAAAAAAUAUAUCGUCCUUGGAAGACGUUGUCAACGCGGCGAUACGGCAGGACUCGUUGGAGAUGGACAGUUUCCCGGAUGCCGUGCGAUCAAAUCCGAAUCUUCAGGUGAACGGCACAACGCCCAACAAACUCGAGAUUAUGGAGCAGAAGGCUCUGAGCAACGACUUCAUCAACAAGGCAGAGAACAACAAGCCCGUGAUAACCGGCGUGCUGCUGAAGGACGACGUUCAGGAGGACGCGUUCCAGGAGCAGCAGCGUAAACUGGGUAACGGCACGCUGACGCCGGAGCACAAGGGGGACAAGACGGCGGUGGCGGUGCGCAAACCGGAAGGCAGCGUCUUCGUGCCGAGUCACAAGCGAGCGGGCAGCAUCCCGCCGCGGUUGAUCGAGGAGACACUCGAGAUGGAUCGCAAGAAAUCGCUGGACAUCUACAACAAGUACAGUCAAAUCAAAACGAGCACCAGGGGCAUGUUGCCGAGCUUGAGCCCGAAAUUCGAGCUGCUGCAGAACGAGGUGAGUCCGAUCGAGGAGAAAGAGAGUUAAUGCGAGCGCCAAUCAAGGAAGAAGCCCCCCUCCCCGGCCCGUCCCGCUUCUCUCGUCAUCGUCGUCGUCGUCGUCGUCGCCGCUAGUUGCCCGACUGUGUCGUCGGGACGCAACGUCCUCUGGAUAAAUUGCAACGAAAGAUACUAAUCAGGGAUUAUUGAAAAAAAAAAAAAAAACAAAAACCAAAUGCAGCGAACACAGUUAAUGGUGUACUAAUGGUGUAGGAAUUAUGUUACUUCGUGUAGCGAAUAGGAGUUGGCACAAUGGUCGGUCUCAUGACUAAUCUCUUCGCUGCGCAUUCACUUGGCGCGAGACGCGACCGCGCCUCUUGACUGAUUUCAGCGGAUGACGAAAUAAUCUCGCAGAUUUGAACAGAAUAGACGAGUACUUUACGGAACUUGUACGCGACGAGGCGGAUUCAACGUGAGAAGUUAACGUUUGACACACAAGCAAUUUAAUCAAAAGGUAGGAGAGACACGCGCGGUCGCUCCACAUGUCGUAUAAAGGACACUUUACACGCAAUCGCAAUAAAAUGUUUUUUUUUUCUUUCAUGAAUAUAACGAGAAGUGUAACAAUAGAUCAGCAGCUGCGUUUUCUAAUCGUAAUUCAGAAAGUCUCUCAUUUCGUCGUAUAUAUACGAAUAUACAGGGUGAUUAUUAAUGACUGUUCCCACUUUUUACCAUAGGAGCACGCAUUUGUAAUUUCUAAUAUAAUAAUAUGUUAGAAAUACGUAUUCGUCAUCAUGCUCCUAUGGUAAAACGUGGAAACAGUCAUUAAUAAUCACCCUGUAUACAAUAACUUGAAAUACAGAAAACAAAAUUUGUCUUCAAUACGGACCACGCUAUUUACUUUCGAGCCGAAUGGAAAACUUUUUGCGACCGAAACAAACAAACGAUAAUAGUUAGUGUUAAGCGUAUAAUACAUGUACCGAUUACGAGCUAAUCAAAAAAAAAAAGCAUUGCAGAUAAGAAUCUUUUUUCAUCGUAACUUCACGUAGACGUAACAGUUCAUCACUCAAUUUGUGAUAGUGACGUAGUCAUGUAAUUCAUGAAAUUAACAUUAGUGAUAUUAGGAAAUAUACAUACGUGACACUUGACCUUUUCUGAUUUCUAUUUCUCUAUCUAAGAGCACGUAGUCGCAUUUGAAAUUUCUUUCGCAAAAUCGCGUUAACAUUAUUUUUUUAUUUUCGAUGGUAAAAUUAAUUGCUCGCAAAUUAACGUAUACAUUUUUAAAUGUUCGUUAAUGCGUUUUAGAAAAUAAUUUAAAAUUUACGACAAAGUGAAUUUGUGAAUAACAGAUAAAUCGGUUCCCGAGAUAAAAACUCGGUUUGGUUUCUAUGUCAUUAUGAUAGCACUAAAAGAAUAAAAUAAAUUAAAUAAAAUUUAAUUCCUAGAUAAAAUUCAUAUAUGCCUAAAAGUUUCGGUUCGUAACUGCUACAGAUUCAUUAACAUUCUCGAUCCAGGAUAAGUCACUCGAGUAUCGCCGUCAUAACAACAUUAUGUAAUCGUAAGUUCCCUUUAGUGUAAGACAUUACAUUUCCAAACAUCCAUAUUCAGUAAAGCGAGUCAGUGUAUACAUUAUACACAUCGAAUGUACAUGUACAUAUAUAACGAAGUUCACGCGUAAUAAAGCACGCACGCAUCACGUAUGGACACGUGUACAUUUAAGCGCGCACACGGUGUUGCAAUUUUUUUAUUAGCUUCAUAGGCGUUUCAGGAUGUCAAAUCUCGACGCUUAAAACCUAACGAUUACGUGGAUUCUAGUGCCAAAAUAGUUUAAGAAGUUUCGAAUCGAAUCGACCUGUGUGUCGACGAACGUAUUUAUCUGUUGUAUUAUAUAACUACGUUGAGAGAGGAGAGCGAAAGAGAGAGAGAGAGAGAGAGAGAGAGAAGGAAACCUUACGUUAUUGACAUUUCAGAUUUUAUAUGAUUACGUUGAAUAUUGUUAACAUUAUCGAAUGUUGGCUUUACGAUGUUUUGCCGUGCAUUUCACGACGUGAAAUCGAAUGUCCUCACCUGUAUAUACCCAGAGAAUAUGGCCCUCAGAUAUCUUCCCAAUUUUCCACGAGCACUGUUCUCAUCAUUGCUAUAUCUCUGUAACGCACUUUACUCCAUAAGGAAAUCAAAACAAUCUACUUUGGAUUGCCUGGACGCUCGUCAAGCGCGAGCAACGAGUACAUUUUCGCAACGAGACGGGUAUAAAUGGGUCAAGACAG